AUGGUUCCCAUGGUGGACAGGUUGGGACUGCUGUACGAGGCUCAUCAGGGAUCUGAGAGCGGGGCCGGCUGGGCCCCAGAGACGUGCAAGUGCCGGAGGGUCUUCCAUUGCAGGAGGCAGGCGGCCCCCCAGAACUGGAGACAGCAGGCCCCCCGGGUCAGAGAACGGGGAGGGGCGGUUAAAGGUGGCGCAGAAUACACCGCCAAAUCGGCGGAGCAGGAAGAGCGGAUUCUGCCCCAGCCUCUGUCGGGAGCAGGCCACUGCAAGUGGUUCAAUGUUCGAAUGGGGUUCGGAUUUAUAUCAAUGACCAGCAGCGAGGGGAGCCCCCUAGACCUCCCUCUGGACGUAUUUGUCCACCAAAGUAAGCUGGUGAUGGAGGGCUUCCGCAGCCUGAAGGAGGGCGAGCAGGUGGAGUUCACCUUUAAGAAGUCCUCCAAGGGCCUGGAGUGCCUGCGGGUGACGGGGCCGGGCGGGGGACCGUGCGCGGGCAGCGAGAGGAGACCCAAAGGGAAGGCCACGCCCCAGAAGAAUCGCAAACAAAAGGGUGACCGCUGUUAUAACUGUGGAGGUCUGGACCACCAUGCCAAGGAGUGUGGCCUGCCCCCCCAGCCAAAGAAAUGCCACUACUGUCAGAGCAUCAUGCACAUGGUGGCCCAGUGUCCCCAAAAGGCACUGGCACCCCCCACUGGCUCUCAGGACCCCCUGCACCCCUCUACCUCGACUGACCUGUACCCCCCCGGCGAGGAGGAGCGCUCUGGCUCAUCCCCCCUCGAUGGCCCCUCAUCCUCCCCAGAAGAGCCACCCCAGUCGCACUGUGGUGGCCCCCAGAGGUGGAGGAAAUAGGCGGGGAGAUGGGGAGAGGUGUACCCUGACCCUGACUCCCCUAACCUAAGGAACCCCCAAAAUCCCACCCCUAAUCUACCUCACACUCGUGAAAAAAAUGGGAGGUAUAUUUUUUUGGGGGGACCAGCAAAGUUAUGGCAACGAUCACCGGCGUUACGGAUUUGUGUGAAUGUGUGUGACUGACUUACUGGCUGUCAUCUGGUGGCAGCUAUGGCAACCAUCGCUGGGGAUACAGACUCAUGUGAAUGUCUGUGUGUGACGUCUCAAUCAGUGCAGCUCAAGAGACGAAAUGGUCUAAAAGAGAAACAAGGGUUAGG